ACAAAACAAAAACCCUAGCUAGCUUAGCUAGAAACCAUGGGAGGAGACAAUAUUUAUGUUGCCGUGAAUCAAGAUGUUCGAGAAAGUAAAUCAACUCUGUUAUGGACUUUGAAGACUCUUCAAGUCAACAAGAUCUUCCUUCUUCACGUUCAUCUCCCAUUUUCGCUGACUACUUCUUCAUGUGGGCUUACACAAGGUGAGAUCGAUGCAAUCCAAGAUUCAGAACUCAAGACUUCAUAUCGUAGCCUCUACACGUACCGUGAUCUCUGCAUAAAAGAAGGGGUUAAUGAAGAAGACGUGGACAUAUCAUUGAUCUCAGGAUAUGGUGUGGGUGAAGGUAUUGUGGAACUCAUCUACGAAAACAGCAUCAAGAAGCUCGUUAUGGGAGCAGCAGCUGAUCCUCACUACUCCAGGCGGAUGGGUAUCACAUCUAGAAAAGCAGAGUAUGUGCUUCAACAUGCACCUCAUAGCUGUAAAAUGUGGUUCAUCUGCAAGGGGAAACUCAUCCAGACAAGAGAAGGAAGUUUCGACCUUGGGACCCCAUCAGACUCAUUCUCAGAAUUCUCUAGUUCAGCAGAGAAACCAAGCAAAGGAAGAAGAAGGGACGAAGAUGAAGCCGAGUCACCUAAAGAACAACCAGGUUGCAUACUAGAAAACGAGGAAGCAGCAAAGAAAGUAAGAAUAAGGAAAGAACCUGUGACAGUGAAGUCAAAAAGCAAUGGAAGCGAAGCAGGCUCAAGUCCAUGUUCUCCUCCCCAUGAUUAUAAAUGUCCUAUAACAUUGGAGAUAAUGGAAGAUCCCCAUGUAGCUGCUGAUGGUUUCACCUACGAGAAAGAGGCAUUCAGAGAGUAUCUACGGACACAAGCUGGUAAAAAGAAGUCGCCAAAGACAGGCGAGCAGCUUGAGAAUGACAGGCUCACUCCAAAUCACACUCUUCGUAUAAUCAUUAGGGAGUGGCUUGAGAAGCACCCAAAUUAUACUAGCGAUUAAAACCACCGCUUAUCUAUGAGAAUAAAAUAACAAGUGGAGAUAGUGUUGUGUAAAGUUCUUUGUGAAAAUGAAAAACGAAUAUAAGCUAUAUAGUUACUGUUAUAUUCAUGGAGUCUCUCAAUACGAUUCUCUAUGCUAAUCAAAUCUGUGUAUUUUAUCUAUGUUUCGACUCUUUAUUGUGUUUUUUUUUUUGUUUUUUCUGGUCUCUGGAGACAUUUAAAAGAAAUUAAUGAAGUCGAAUUUCUUUUUUCGUCGGCCGGCCUUACGGAAAAGAAAAAAAACACACAUUAAAACUAAACCAUAGUGCAAACAAAAU